AUGGAGCUACCAGGUACCCCUGAAUAUUCUCUUCUAGAGCCAAACACAGUGAGGAUUGUCCUGCUGGGGAAAACUGGAUCUGGGAAGAGCAGCCUUGCUAACACCGUAUUUGGAGAGAAUGUAUUCAAAGUCAAACACUUUCUUGACUCGCAAGCAAAUAUUUGUCAAGAAAAAUCCGGGUCCAUCAAUGGCAGAAAGCUCACUGUGGUAGAAACUCCUGGUUUCUUCUCUCCAGGAAUGUCAGAGUCAGAGCUGAAGUCUGAGAUACUGAAGUGUGUCACUGAAUGCGCUCCUGGCCCUCAUGUUUUUCUCAUUGUGCUCAAAGUGGAAAAAUUCACUGAGCAGGAAGCACACGUCAUCAGACAAAUGCAUGAAUACUUUUCUGCAGAGGUUUUUAAGUAUUCUGCAGUUGUUUUCACACAUGGUGACCAGUUGUCACAAAACAUGAACAUUGAGGCGUUCAUCAGCAAUAAUGAGCAUCUGAAAGAUCUGGUGGAGAAGUGUGGCGGUCGGUGUCAUGUUGUAGAUAACAAAUACUGGAAAAACGACCAGAAGGAUGAAUACAGGAGCAACCAGUUCCAGGUGGCACAGCUGCUAAAUACCAUAGACAACAUGAAGGAACAUGGAGGCUGCUACAGCACUGAAAUGCUGGAAGAAUGGAGGAGACAACAAAGACAACCGUCUUUGGCAUCUUUCCUCUUUCAGAAACAGCCACAGAGAGGAGAGCAGCAGCAGAUCCCACAUCUGAUCCAGAGGACGUGA